ACCCAACUCAAGGAAAUCAACAGGACGCAAAACAAGUGUCUGCGCAAGAUCUAUGGUGCACACCCCAGCUCGGAAACGAAAGUGAUGCGACACUUGGCCAGGUUGCCCAGCAUGCAAAGACGGACUUCCAUCCUCCAAGCCAAAUUCCUCUAUCGGGCUCAGUAUCUACCUGAUGAUGCCCUUCUCACCCACCUACGCCCAUAUCUGCUCCGUCCAUCCACUACGCACCGGAAUAAACUCUGCCUCACCCCAGUGUGGCAAAACAUUCUGCCAACACGAGAAGACGUGACCUACAAAGAGCUCCAAAGAGCGAUCCGACAGUAUCUGAACGCAGUCUACACUACGACCAUUACCGCAACAACUGGUGUGGAAACCCUAGGUGUAAGAAAGUUGCAGCUGAGAGGUGAGCGAAUGACCAGUCGACUUGAAGUUGGUCGUUGGCGCGAUACAUCAUAG